GGAAUCGUCCGGUCUGUUGACAUUUGAGAACUUCCUUUCGAUGGUGUAUACAACAUGUGGACAGAGAUGGAAAUUUAAUCACACCAAAACAGAUUUAUUUACACCUAUGCUUCCAUAAGAUAGUUAUCGGUGGAUUUUCCUUUCAUAAUGGGUCAGAAGUCCUCCAAACACAGGGACUCUGAUGGCGAGCCUGCCCCCUCUCCGAGGAAGUCCCCGAAACGGACGGGGAUGAAGUCCCUCCACGAGGAGACCCCUCAGGCAGCAUCCCCACGCAGGUCUGAGUCGGCCUCGUUUAUGGAGCAGAGGUCAAGUAGUGCGGACUCAGCGGACAUCCCAAAGAGCAAGUCCCUGACACUAUCGUCUCCCAGCACAAAGCCCGCCCUGGACAAAGAACAGAAGGAGAACGUUCCUCAGGUGGAGGAAGAGCAGCUUAUUCCCAGUAGUCCGGUCAAAAUGAAUGGGAACGGGGUCUCUAUGGAACCAUUGACGCCCAAGAGAAUAAAUGGGGAGAUGAUGCCUCGAGCGGCCUCCACCCCUAACGGGGUACUCUGCUCAGAACUCAAUAUAAACACAGACUCUGACCAGGAUCACACGGAUCAAAGCGAUGACGAAGCAUUAACACCUGUCAGCCAGGACUUUUACCUUGAGAAGAAGUCGCUGGUUGACUACGGCAAGUUCUACAACACGAGUUACCUGAGUGAGGGGCGCAGUAACUACCUGAAGAAGGUCAACUCUUUCCCCAGACAGGACCACAAGUCGCCCCACUUCCACAGGCCACUCAACUUCUCCUACUCCAAGGACAAGCCCGAGUUCUUGAAAUCUAAGAAGAGUGGCAUGGCUGCAUUAGCUACUGGAUCAAAGGUGGUUGUGAAGAGAACACGCAGGGUAUCCUCGUCCUCGGAACUCCGCAAUGAAGAGGCAGUCAGAAUGAGUAUGUUCCCAGCGGCCAAACCCCCACAGCCCAAUGAGAUCACUAAGAUAGAGAGAGAAGACUGGCCAGGACCCCCCUGUCCAGCCGCCAUUCUGCCAGAACUCUUGAGACAGCGACGAAAAAGUCGGGGAGAGACUGAUGACGAAGACGAGGAAAUGCCGCCAGAGGACCCCAAAAUUACCAAAGAAAUCGAAGAACUGUCAAAGUUCAAGGACCAUUCUGGUAUUGGCAAGAUUAUCUACAAGGAGCUAGAGGAAAAGCGAGCACAUCCAAUUAAAGCUUUAGAUCCAUGGAAAGCUUCCCGAGUGCCCGGAGCCGAUCACGAGCCCCGAUACAGCACGCGAUAUCAGUCCCCCAUGUUUGCCUCUCCCUCUAGGUUUUUGGAUCGACCCCGGCGAUACUGGGACGACAGUGAUAUAUCACGGGGCUAUAGAACCAUGUCCACACAGUAUCCAGUACAAAGGUCUAGUUAUGCACUUACUCCAAGAGCUGCCACCCUUCCUGUUUCAGGCACUUUCGGAGGUUAUAAUUUCCAGAGGUACUAUGAUUUUGAAGAUUUGGGAACCAGUCGUCAUCAUACUGCCAAUUCCUCUUCCACUGUAAACACAGAGCAAGAAUCGUUCACCCCUUCCAGCAUUCUAGGAGGUCAAGGGAUUUCCAUCAUCUCCCUACAGCGCAGUACUUGGCACACGGAGGCUGACCCCCCGGUUUAUCCAUAUGAUAAGCUGAAGAUAAGUAAUUUUGACUUACCCAAGGAUGUGGACAGGAAUAUGCUAGAGAUACAUCUAACUCAAGAGGACUUCAAUCAGUUAUUCAAAAUGGAUAGAGACCAGUUCAAAAGACUAGCUGAGUGGAAGCGCAAUGACCUAAAGAGGAAGGCUGACUUGUUUUAACUGCUUCCAAAUAGGACGAGAGAAUGGUGGAUGAAGCUUUGUUUCACAAGUGCAUUAAAGAUUUCUUUGCUUUAUGUCUGCCUUAGAUGAGGCAGACCUCCAUGAGAAGUUGUGUUAGGUCCAUACAUAUCACAUGCAGGCUGUCUUAGGCUGGUUGUACAGUUGUCCGACUUCUUUUACUCUCCUUGCUAAACAGUAAAUUUGGAGCUGGGAAAUCAACCCAAAAACCCUGGCUUCUCUGUGUAGCAAUGUCUAUAAUAGUGUAAGGAUAUAGUUAUGCAUGUCUUGGAACAAUCUACUUGUAUGGAGAAACUGAAGUUUUAUUGUGAGAUAAAGCUGAGACUGGCCUUCUGUUACAUAGCUUUACAACAUGACUUUGAUUUCCGAUGAAAUCUGGCCACAUUUUGUAGAACAUACAUAUAAUGAACUGUUGCUGUUAUUAUGCAGUGUUAGUGAUUUUUACCUCUUUUUUUUCUGGUUAGUGAAAACUUUUUAUGAAAUAUAUAUUGUUUAUGGGUGCUAAGCUUAUAUUGGAAUAAUUUAAAAUUUUUUUGCAGCAUUUUUGGUCAGCUUUUUACAGAUGCAACUUUAUUUUGUAUUUAUUCAAACAAUAUAUUCACACAGAAAUGUUAUUUCAUUUUAUUCUUUUUUCAAUGUAUUCUCAUUUUCAAGUUUUAAGCCUUAAAAGACAUACUGAUGCUUACCUUGCAUUAUUGCAGACAAUCUUUUGGGUUCUUUACACACUGGAAUAGAGAUCUAGGUAGCUCAAUGUUUUAUCAUUUCUUUAUAUUUUCAACCCCCAUUAAAACUGUGGGUUUUGUUCCUCUGUGUCUGUUACAAAAGAAUCGUCUUGUUUUUCGCUGCAGAGAUAUACAUGUACAUGUGUGAUGAUGAAACAGAUUUCGAGCAGUUUGUUAGCACAAGAUGAAUUUAUGGCAUUAUGAUAUUGUAACUAUUAUACCUGAUAUUUUGUUGAUAUUACUGUGAUUUUUUUUUUUGAUUUACAAAUCCCUUGCAAACAGCUUUUUUUUUAGUUCCCCCUGCAUAUGCUUUAUAAUCAUGUUGAUGCCUGUUUUGGGAUACUUUUGAGAGUAGGGUAGAUCCUUGUUUAUUUUUUACAGUUUUUUUUCUGUGUUAUAUAUUGAUAUGCAACAGUGCAAACAAUUGAGAGGAAUCCAUUGUUAUUUUUUAAACCCUUUACCCUUGACAGUGUUCAUUAUUAUUAUGUACAUGUAUAAUUUACUUGUAUAGUCAGAGAACCAUCACAGGCAAAAUUUUUAAAAUGCUUUCAAAUUUGAUGUAGUGGUGGCUGGGGAAGACGUUCGCUUGUUUGUUUUUUGCCUUGGUUUUUCUUUCGUUGUUUUUUCCCCACAAGUCUACACACACACACACCUACACCCCUGCAUCACUAGAAGAAAAUAUAGUCCUGUAAUGUGCAUCGAGAACACUUGUGUUGCACCGAAUCCACAAGAUGCUUUACUUUCCAGUGCUCUUUGUUCUGUCUUCAUGUACCAACAGUUUAUACUUUUGUAUAUUUUUUUGAGGGGGAGGAGAUGGGAAUGGGAUACACAGUUAUUACAUAGAUGAUAAAUGGAUGCAUCAAGAUGAUCAUUAGUUUAAGGAUUCUUAAUAAUGAAUGUUAAUUUAUCAAAAACUUAUAGAUACAUAUACAUUUUAAUUUUUGAUACCAGUAAAAUAUAUUUAAUUAAAUCAAAAUAGUUUUUACUGAAUGAAUUUUUUAUAUAAUUGUGCAUUAAAACUACUCUACAAGACUAAAAAUACAUGUAUAAUGAAAAUUUUGUCACAUAGAAGUUUCCAAAGCGCACCUCAGGAGUGUAUUAAAUUGGUUUUGUAAAGAUGUUUUUAUCCAUUAUACUUUAACUGUAAGAUGUCACAAUUAGGUCAUUAAAUUUUAAGUUUAUGUACAGUUUACCAGUUGGAAAAAUUUUUGUUCAAAACUUGCUUUAAACCAACAAUUCUAGAACGCACAAUAAUGUCUUUAUGAAAGGUUUCAGAGCUUAUGUAAGGUUGGGGUCAACUGAAGGUCAAUUGUACAAUAAAAGAAUGAGCUGUAUAUAAAGAUUAAUUGGGUUUUUUUUUUUAUUCAUAUUGAUGAAUUUUUCGCCAAUUCCAUAUGAAUCAGGAAAAUAAAUGCAUUGUUUAUUUUAAUCAGAUUUGUUGUUAGUGAUGCAUUGUUUUUAAUGUAAAAUAUUCUAGCAGUAUUAGAUGGUUGGCACCUCUGCAUUCUUGAUUUGUAAAUUUAAAGUCAAUGAAAUAAUUGCCACAUAAGUUUUUUCAUGCAAUAACUUGAUUGAUGAUGUGUUACGUCCUCAUACUUGAGGAUCUUGUACUUGUUUUGGCUUCAGUGACUUGGCUUCUUUUAUUUCGUCACAAUAUUUUUUAGCAGAAAUAAAAAGAAGAGAAACUGGA